AAUUGAAUAUUCCUCUACAUUGACUAUGCAUCGUAUUCACAGCCAAAGAUUUUACCUGGUGAAAACCUAUGCAAAGUUGACCAAGUCAGUUUCCUUCAACUUUCCCAAUUCAUAUAUUCAUUUUGAAAGCAUAUGCCGAUUCUUAUCUACCAAACAACCAGAUCAUUCUCUUAUUUUCAAUUAACCAAUUUUCUCUUGCAGCCAAUUAACUUCCACGCCAAUAUCCAGCUAAGUAAGGUAUGGCAGAAGUAGUUCUAUUCAACCUUGCCAAAGAGAUCUUGUUGAAAUUGGGGUCAACUGCCCUCCAACAGGUUGGAUUAGCGUGGGGAGUAAAAAAGGAGCUGAGGAAGCUGGAGAACAAGAUCUCCACCAUCAGAAAUGUUCUUCUGAGUGCAGAAGAGGAGCAGAUGAGAAACCCAGCUGUAAAGGGCUGGCUACAAAGGCUUAAACUUGUAUUUUACGAUGCUGAUGACUUGUUGGAUGAAGUCGCAACCGAGACUUUGAGAAGGCAAAUGAAAACUCACAAGAGCAUGGUGAGAGAGGUAUGCUAUUUCUUCACAAGCUCAAAUACACUGGCAUUUCAUUAUGUUUUGGGUCGAAACAUUAAGGAUAUCGCCGAGAGGCUUGAUGAGAUUGUUGCGGAGAUGCGAGAUUUUAAGUUUGUUGUGAAAGUAGCAGAAAGGCCAAUUGAGAUCAAAAGAAGGGAUGAUACCUCCUCCCUUGUGCAUAUUCCGGAGGUUACCGGAAGAGAUACUGACAAAGAAGCUUUAAUAAAAUUGUUAUUGUCCUCUAGUGAUGAUAACAAUUUUCACAUCAUUCCCAUAGUGGGAAUGGGGGGUCUAGGAAAAACCACACUUGCACAACUGGUUUACAACGAUGAUAGGAUUCAAAACCAUUUUAGCACAAAAAUGUGGGUUUGUGUCUCUGAUGAUUUUGAUAUGAAAAGAAUCUUGAUUAAACUGUUGGAAGUGGUAGGGGACAAUGGCUGCAACAAUGAAGGAAUUGAGCAUUUACAAAUUCGUGUUCGGCGAGUGUUAAGUGACAACAAGUUUUUCCUCGUUCUGGAUGAUGUAUGGAAUGAGAACCGCGUACAAUGGAAAAAAUUGCAAGAUUUGUUUGCUGUGGGAGCGAGUGGGAGCAGAAUUCUGGUAACCACGCGGAGUAAAAUGGUUGCUUCAAUUGUCCGCACCAUGGAACCAUAUGAGCUGGAAGGUCUUUCAGAUGAAGAUUGUUUACGUAUAUUGGUGAAAUGGGCAUUUGAAGAAGGAGAAGAGAAUAAGCAUCAGAACCUAGUUAACAUUGGUAGAGAAAUAGUGAAGAAGUGUGGAGGUGUACCUCUUGCAGCAAGAACCUUAGGAGCGAUGUUGUUCAUGAAAACAAAUGAUCGUGAUUGGUUUUUUGUGAGGAACAAUGAGAUUUGGUCUCUUGUAAAAAAUGAGAAUGAUAUCCUACCGAUUCUCAGGUUGAGUUAUGACCAAAUGCCCUCGUACUUAAAACAAUGCUUUGCCUAUUGUUCGUUAUUUGUGAAAGAUCAGAUAAUUUUCAAACAAGAGUUAAUAUAUGGUUGGAUGGCCCAUGGAUUCAUACAGUCCUCAGACAAGGAUGAAGAAUUAGAAGAUAUAGGUGAAGAGUACAUAGAAGAGCUGGCAAGAAGGUCCUUUCUUCAACCUGACAGUGAUCUUGCUCACGAUCGCUAUAAAAUGCAUGAUCUUGUUCACGAUCUUGCACAAUAUGUGGCUGGUAAUGAACGAUUGACUGUGAAAGGGGAAAAUAUUGUGGUAAUUCCUGAGAGGGUUCGGCAUGUGUCAUUUGAUUCGAGUCUAUAUACCGAAUUCCCAAAACAUUUGAUCAAAGCAAAGAAGUUGCGGACCAUGUUUUUACCAAGUGAGACAGGGCCCAAUUUUGGAUCAUCUGUCGAAGAAGCAAUUCCAGGUUUUAGAUGCUUACGAGUGUUGAACUUCGGUCAUAGAGGUUUAAACUUCUACCCUAGAAAUAGGGAUAUACAUGUCUUGCCCAAGGAGAUAGGAAAUUUGGACCAUUUAAGGUACCUCACUUGUUCUGACGUUGAAAAACUCCCUAGAUCUCUUUGCAAGCUAUUAAACUUGCAGUAUUUGGAUCUCUACGGAUCAACACUUGAUCAACUGCCUGAAGAUUUUGGCAACCUAAUUAACCUUCGGUUCUUGUGCUUAUCAUCUAACUUGACAUGUUUACCAGAGAAAGGGAUUGGUGGAUUAACUUCUCUUCGGAUAUUUCUACUGCUUGUUAACGGUGAAUUGAGGUCUUUGGGUGAUGGUAUACAAAACCUCACUUGCCUCCGGGAAUUGGUCAUAUGGGGCUGUCCAAAACUGACUUCUUUGCUGUCUGGCGUUAAACACCUCACGUCUCUCAAGCAUUUAGAAAUUCGUUACUGUCAAAAUCUUGAACUCUCGGAAGAGUACGAUUUGAAAGGGCUGAAAAGCCUGAAGAAGUUAGUACUAAAUGGUCUCCCUAAGUUGGUGAGUUUGCCCAAGGGGCUUAAUGAUUCUGCUGAUACACUGAAUCACUUACAUCUCUCGUUUUGUAAGAAUUUGACAACCUUAUCAGAGUCCGUCCUCCCGAAUCUCGGAUCACUUCAAGUACUUGAAAUCCGCCAUUGUCAUAAUCGUAUGUCGCUACCACAAGGGAUGCAACGUCUUGCUGCACUACGGCGUUUGCGUAUUGUGGACUGCUUCCACUUGAGUAGAAGAUGUGAAGAAGGGAUAGGAGAGGAUUGGCCUAAGAUUGCGCAUGUCCCUGACAGUUGUAUCCAACAGAGUUAUCAUAUGAAGAGAUCAUUUUUUGACCAGGCUUUUAGAGACGAGAUUGAGCUCUCUGAGUUACCAUCAGUUUCCGAAUUUUCUGGAUUUCGCUUGCGUUUUCAGGGGUUAUUGCUUGGUUCGUCUUCGAAAGAUGAAAGACUUACGGUGGAUACCUAAGCACCUAAAGACGAUGAAGAAUGUGUUGGAGAUUUCAUCACGUGGAAAUUGAGUGUGGCUUAAUUCCAAAGAGAUGAAGCAAAGCUUCCAUACUGACUUUUGGAAAUCUUUUGUAAUUUUCCCUUCCGCUCUAUAAAUACCUCUGUAAAAUAAGCCAUUCUAAUAAGCAUUUGAGAGAGAAACUAAUUGAAGAGGGGUUUUGG